GCGCGUGUCACAGAGGAGUCACACCCCCUUUCUCUGGCUGACCAUGCGCCGCUCACUCUGACACAGCGACACACACUCCGACACACUUCAAACGAGUUGGGCACGAGAACGCAGAGAGCAGCGAGAAACUGGCUUUUACGCAUUUGUUGGUUUUUUACCCACAAUUUUUACGCACCGGUUUCUGAAUGUGACGCAGUGAUACUCAGCGACCACAACAGCAGCAGCAGCAGCAACAACACGUUUGAGGUGGACUGGCUGCAGUGAUGUCCAGAUCCACAAAAUCUGCCUCAAGGUCCCGGAGCCACUCAAGAUCCCGGUCAAGAUCCCGCUCCACCUCCCGCUCCAGAAGUCGCUCCAGGUCUCGUUCCAGGAAGCGCCGUUACAGCUCUAGGUCUCGGUCACGGUCAAGAUCACAUUCUCCAUCUUAUAACCGGGAGAAGAAAUAUCCGAGAGGUUACCAGAACAACCGGGAGUUCCGAGGCUACCACCGCGGCUUCCGGAGGCCAUACAACUUCAGGGGCCGAGGGCGGGGCUUCUUUCCACGCGGACGCUACCAGCGUGGCGGUGGUGGGGGCUACAACAACAACAACAACUACUUCCGUCCCAACUGGAAGAAUUACAAGCAGCACCCACAAAAGCAGCAACAGCAGCAACAGCAGCAGCAGCAGCAGCAGCAGCAAAACAAUCCGCGCAGGCAAUCGUACAACAACCUCCAAAAACGCUCAGGAAGCCCCCCCAGUGGUCCCUCGCACCACUCGGACAGAUCCUCCUCACCGUUAUCCAGGCAAUCUCGUCAUUCUUCUUCAUCCUCGCACUCGUCCUCUCCCAAAUGCAGGCCAGCCGUGUUUGUGGCUAAUCAGAAGUCAAAAGACGUGAAAGAUGAGACCUCGGCCUUAAAGGACGCACAGAAGGAAGGAGGGAGCGAUGGGGAGCAAGUGGAUCUCGAUGCCAACGGAGACGCCAAAGACAGCACGGGCAAUGGGAAAAGUGAGGGCAAGUGGCAGAGUCUGGAGAACUGCAGCAGCAGUCCAAAGAGACCCAGUUCUGCACUUACUGUUGGUCAGAGCAGCCAAACUACAAACCAGUCUGGUCCCUCCCCUAAACACACAAACGACACCAACAAUGGUGCCCCCUCUUGGAAGGCGAUAUGUAGUUCACCCUCCCCCAAAAAAGUCUCCCAUGAAAAUCUGAAUCCAAUGCUUCCCAGCUACGACUUCUUCUCCAGUGAAGAAUACCUGGAUGGAGAUAAAACGGCAAUCUCCAUCGCCUUCAGAAAGUUUCUGGAGGAGCAAAAUAAAAAAGCCACACCUGAAAAAUGCACUAACUCAGAGGCAAAUGAUGUGGAUGUGGAGCAGAGGAAAGUAAAUGGCAAAGCAUCAGCACUUCACGCUGACUCAAUGUCCAAGAAGUACAAAGGGGACAUUGACAGAGAAAUGUCUCUGAAAAGCUUCUUGAAAACGUCUCCUUUUCUGCAUGUUGAAAGCGGAGACGAGGAGGAAAUGGUCAUCGUGCCUCAUUCUAAAUCACUUCACAAGGACUGGCACAAUGGGGGCGAGUCCUCUAAGCUAAACAGCAAGGUCACUUACUCAGCCAGUGAACUCUUUGAGGAAUGCUAUGGCAAAUGGAAGAAAGCAACCUAUUCUCAGGUCGCUAACAGUGACCUUGACGGCAUGGCAGAGGAGAUGUAUCACGGUCGAAAGCCGGAGGAAUCAGCGGCUCUCGCUGCUGCCCUCGCAAAGAGGGAGUUGGCGGGAAAGCUUGAAGGAAUGUCCUCGGACACGAGUUGUAAAGCCAGGAAGAUGGCACAAUCUCCUCCAACACCACGGAGGAACUCUGACAGAGAGAUGUUUAUGGUCAGGGGAACGGACUCGUCUCCCGUGUCCUCAAGACAAAAGGAACCAAAAGUUAAUGUCAGAAUGGAUUUUCUUGCAGAUGGCUUAAUAAGCUCGUCUGAUAUUUUAGCCGAGGAGCGACAGUUGUCUCAGGAUCUUGUGCAGUCCUCAAAAAAGGAUCAGGAGUUCCGCUCCAUCUUUCAACACGUUCAGGCUGCUCAGUUCCACAGGAGUCCCUCUGAGCUCUUUGCUCAUCACAUAGUCACCAUCCUUCACCACAUCAAAGCUCAGCACUUUCCAUCUUCUGGCAUGACUCUAAACCAGCGAUUCACCAUGUACCAACGACGAGCUGCCGAGAAGGAAAUGAUGAAGCCGAGAAAAAGCCCAGAGAUACACAGGAUAAUUGACGUUUCAACAAGUGCAUUUAAGAAACACUCGCAGCUUUUUGAGGCGGUGAAAUGCUCAGAGGAUGGCACUUACAAGGACGGCGGGGAAAAAAUAAAGGGUGACGCGAUGGACCUCCGUUUGGAUAUUGAGCGCCGUAAAAAAUAUUCCACCCAUGAAAGUGAUCAUAAACAGGAUCAGGGACGAGAGUCCCCAAAUUCUAGCAGAGAGCGAUCGAUGGAAAAGUUCUCCAAAUGCCACAAAAGAUCAGAAAAAAGCAAUAAGAAGCGCUCUCGCUCAAGUUCAUCCUCGUCUUCCUCAUCAAGAACAUCCCAACAAGUAGAAGAUUUGCCCGCAAACAAGUCUGAUGCCAAAGAUGAAGGCUUUAAUAAGACUCGACUGGGUCAGGGGGGAUCACCAGGGCCUGAAAGAGGAAGAACACUUGGAGGAUUUCAAGUACGAAUCCGUGGAAGGGGCUGGAACAGAGGCAACUGUCAGGGGAACAGUUCACACAUUAACCCCGUAAAAAUGGCAGAGCACCAAAAAAAAGGUGAAGGAUGGGAACCAGAGUACACGCCCAAGAGCAAACAGUACUAUUUGCACGACAACAGAGAAGGGGAGGCAGACCAUAUUAGAGGGCGAGGGCGGGGAAGCGUCUCGCAUGGAAGGGCACGUUUCAUCAUCCGCAAAGCCAUAGCAGGCUCCGCCACCAAUGGCCCCAGGUGGGCCCAUGACAAGUUCCAGGCCAAUGGGGAACAAGGUGGUUCACAGGAGGCCGAGAGAGGACAGGACCAUAACGAGGGGAAAACAGACGGAGACGAUCACUGAGCUGUGAAGGAGUCUGCUGCAAAUCUUAACUGUCUUUCUGUGUCGCUGCGGGAUCUUGCUCAGCAAAAUUAUCCAACUCAAUGGAUCAAUAAAUGUAGAAAAGAGAUGUUUUUUUUGACUCCGCUUUUGCCAUUAAAGUUCAUUAAUUUCACAAUAGGAUCAUUACUUUACCUGGAUACAACCACUUCCUAGAUCUAGACUAAAUGUUUUUGAUGAAAACUCAAAUUUCUUUAUAUGAAACAAAAGUUUUGCAUUGUAGCUCAAAUCGACUUAAGUCAUUUGUGACACAGAAGAAAUGUUUCCUGAGUAGAAUUUGAGAUAAAUGCUUCUUUAGUAAUAACUGGCAUCGGUAAUUGCAAAGAAAUCUAAGGAUGGGUCCACAAUGGAUGUGUGAGCAGAAUAACACUUGCUGAUUAGAGCAGCCACACUGUGGCCAUGUGAGACACUCCUGAUGUGGCUCUUUUUAAUAGAACACAGAACACAAUCCAGUCACAGCUGUCACAAACACACAAACACACCUGUACUCAUUUCAAAGUAAAAGCACUCUAGAAUUUCAGUUUCCUGAACCCGUUGACUUUUUGGGCUUGAAUUGUAAACUAUCUGCAGGACUCAUGGACGUGCAGAUUCAUAGUAAAGAGUCCAGGCGUUCAGUUGAGUAUAGUUUAGUUAAACAGUCAUUUUAAAGUUAAGCCCUAAAUGCUUCCUGUGUGAACAACAGAGGAAUGCAAGAUGCUGCAGAUGUAGCGUAGCAGCCGUCACGCACUGUGCACGCAUCCAGGGCGGCCCGGCCAAAAUGACUUCAAUGAACAAUGAAUGUGGAAAAAGAACUAGCUUCAAUAGCAAUGAAUACACUGUAGUUCAUGCUGACAUAAAAGCAUCACUGUUUCACCAACUUAGUACGACCCCGAUGGGACGGUGGGACCAAACUGCGCGGGUCAUUGUUGUCAACCUCUGCAGUCAAACAUCCAGCAGGUCUAUAAAUCCAGCUGCCAGCAAUGUAUACUUUCAUUAUUAGGCAAACUGCAUGCACAUUUAACAUGUUCAUUAAAAAACACUGUUUGUGCUGUUAGAGAAUCCUCGUCUUUACAGUCGUAUUGUGUCUGAUGGUUGGUACCACUAAUCAGUUAACGCUAAGAAUGUUGAUUUUCAUUUUCCCCGCUCCAGAGACAAUCAUUGUAGUUUUUGUACCUGACUAGAGAGCAUUGUGACUCGUGAGUGUGAAGGCGAUUUGUGUUGUCGUUAGUUGUUGUAUUGUUGAUUUUGUGAUCUGUGUUCUCUUCAACCAGUGAUGUUUCGUCAAAUAUGUAACGCGUGUGCAGAAUUGUGCGAGCGUAGAUUGAGAAUAGGAUUGAUCGUGUGUACUCCGUGAAUAAAACAAAUCUUUUCUAUGCCUAGGAUUAAUGAUUGUUGAUUCGUGUUUGGCUCACCGCUGUUGCAGUUUGUGCCUUACUGUGGGUGUUUUGGUCUUAUUUGUACAAUACAGGCCCACAGGGUGAAAUUCAUGUUCAGCUGUGUAAAGGUUGCCUGCCUUGGGUAUUUCUUUUUUAUAGAGGUGUUGCUUCCAUCUUUUUUUUUUUCUUAGAGACUGUAAAUUAAAGAUUUAUUUGAUGCUCA